AACCCCGCCUCACGAAACUGAUGGCGUUUGGAAGAUGGCGGCGGAGCACGGACUGCUCGAUGCAGUUUUAUUAAACACGGAGGAGUUUCAGUGCAAAAGAGUGUCACUAGUAUGAUGUCCCAGAGUCCUGUAGCAACAAGAAUAACAGGAGUCCCAUCAGUCGCAGGAUCUGAAAACGCAGUGGGACAACCUAUUCAAGGCAGUGUGAAGACCGUAGUCUCUGGAUCUGGAACGUUUAUAUUUAAUCAAACUUUGAAUGGAGACAACGUGAACUGUCAGAGUAAGGUGAGCGGUGUCGCUCUGGCUGGGACGCCGCUGUCAAGUGGCCCCAACGUGAACAUUACAAGCAACCCUGCAGCUGCGGCCCCUGUAGUUAGCAACGGACCAGGAAUGGCUGACGGAAAGACAAACGUCAACGUUAUUCCCUCUAGCCCAAAUAUUGUAAUUCGUACACCCAUGAACUCACAGAACACUGUUUCAUCUCCCAGUUUGGGUGGCGGGUCUACUUCGGUAACUAUAAGGCCGCCUGUGCAAAUGGGGACUUCUGGCGCAAUUUCAAACGGAAGUCAAGUGACGACGACCACACACAUCGUCACAACUUCACAAGGAACUUUACAGAGUCCGCUUUUACAAACCGUAUCGAGGACGAUUUCCCCGACAGCUGUUAUGACUCCUUCAGUCGUCAGUCAGGGCGGUAUCCGGGCUAUAGCGCCACAGGUGUUCGCUCCCCGGAUGCCUCAGUCCGGGACAACAAAUCCGCCUGCUAAUGUCCAGAACAUCCAGCUCCCACCAGGCAUGGUUCUUGUCCGUAAUCAGAAUGGACAGCUCCUGAUGAUACCCCAGCAGACCUUGGCUCAGAUGCAGGCCCAGGCCAAAUCACAGAGCGCCAUGGCACCUCGGCCCAGCACGCCCACCAGCUCCACGCCAGCGAAGGCUCCUGGGACCCCCAUUGUUGCCCGCCCAGUGGCCCCGCUGACCGUGAACAGGCAGGGCUCACCCACUCCCAUCUCUGCCCCGGCAACCACUACCCUGCAGAGACCACCUGUCUUACAGCAUCCAGUCUCAGCGGCUGCUGGGGCGACAGUGACUCCUUCUGUGGGGACAACGGUGCAGCAGACAACACCUCAGAGGAUUGCAGCGACACCUAACAGAACCGUCGUUGCCCAGGAGACCAUGGAGAAUGUGAAGAAAUGUAAGAACUUCCUAUCGACAUUGAUCAAGUUGGCAUGCAGUGGAAAGCAGUCCACAGAGACGGCAGCCAAUGUGAAAGACCUAGUGCGGAAACUUCUGGAGGGGAAGAUUGAACCUGAAGACUUCACCAGCCGGUUGUACCGGGAGCUGAACUCCUCACCCCAACCUUAUCUUGUGCCUUUUCUUAAGAGAAGUCUUCCUGCUCUGCGCCAGCUCACCCCGGACUCGGCAGCCUUCAUCCUGCAGAGCCAGGGCCUGACGCCCAGCCCCGUCACUGCCACCACCGCCAUCCUCGGCCCCAAUGCCACAGCCGUGGGCACCACUGCCAGCCUCACUGCCCCACGCCCACACCUGCAGCCUACCACACUGGUACUGAGGACUCCUCAGACAGGCUCCAUACGCAAGCCAUCGCAGGUAUCCCUGGCAACGACCCCGAUGGUGACACUCAGGGCUCAGCCACAGAACCGAGUGCUUGUGGGGCCACCGUCUAAGCUGAUAACAGGUGUGGUAUCAAAAGGCAGACCAGGAGACAGUGCUGGAGGCACUUUCAAGGAUGACGACGACAUCAAUGACGUGGCCUCCAUGGCCGGGGUGAACCUGUCCGAGGAGAGCGCCCGUAUCCUGGCAACCAACUCGGAGCUGGUGGGCACGGUGAUGCGCUCGUGUAAGGACGAGGCGUUCCUUCACACUGCCAUGUUGACCCGGAGGAUAAUGGAGAUAGGAAAGAAGCACGGCAUCGCUGAUCUGGGGCCUGACGUGGUGACGUUCGUGUCCCACGCCACACAGCAGCGGCUCUCCAGCCUCCUGGAGAAGGUGUCGGCCGCCGCCCAGCACAAGAACUUCAACCUCAAGGAGGGCAGUCACUAUGAGCAGGCCAGCGACGUGCGGCUGCAGCUCAAGUUCUUUGAGCAGCUGGACCAGAUGGAGAAGCAGCGCAAGGAGGAGCAGGAGAGAGAGAUCCUCAUGAAGGCAGCUAAGUCUCGAGCGCGACAAGAGGACCCUGAACAGCUGCGUUUAAAACAAAAAGCCAAAGAGAUGCAGCAGCAGGAGCUGGCUGAGAUCAGACAGAGGGAAGCCAACCUGACGGCUCUGGCGGCCAUCGGCCCCAGGAAGAGGAAGAAGAUGGACUCCCCCGGCAGUUCUGGGGCUGCUGAGGCCUCUUCCUCCUCGGCCAGCUCUGCCUCGGGUUCGUCCAGGCAGUUCACCCGUCAGCGCAUCACUCGUAUCAACCUCAGGGACCUGCUCUUCUGCCUGGAGAACGAGGGCUCCUCUAGCCACUCCCAGCUCCUCUACCGCGCCCUCCUCAAGUAGACGCCACGACCACACCAUCACGACAGUUUCACUUUUAAAAAUAUAUAUUUUACAUGUUUCUUUUUGUUUUGCCUACUACAGCCCAGGGAUUUUUUUUUUCCUCGUAAAAUAUGCAAAAUGACCUAUUGUACAAACAAUACUGUGAAUCCUGAGUACGGAAUCUGUUUUUAUAUCUGUGAUGUUUCUAAAAAAAAAUGUUUUGGAAAGAAUAAAACCGACAGAGUUUCUAUAGAA